AUGUUGACGCAAACAGCGGAGUCGCUGAGGAGGCAAGUGCGCGAGAGAGAGAAGAAGAAGCGAGAGAAGCUCGCAAGAAGGGAGGAGAAAGCGAGAGAACGCGAAGAGCGGCUCAGCCACGGGCGCCCCGUGUGGAAGGCGCAAAGUGGAGACACCAGGACGAGGCCGGAAAAAGAAGCUUUCCGACGGAGGGCUCCAGACUCCACUGUCUCCGUCCCGUCUUCGCCGUCGUUCCGUUCGUCGAGUUUCCCGUCUUCCUCGCCUCUUGCUUCUCUGCAGUUACUCGGCAGUCUCCCCGUCGAGAGCCUUCUCUGGCGCCACCCCCGUUUCCUCGCGCAUCUCACUCCCAAACAACUCGUUCGAUUUCUCCUGGUGGUGGAGCGACUGGAUUUCCACGACGGCCGAUCCCCGGAGUUCUUAGCCUUCCUUCCCUGGGCUACCCCCUCUCCGUCCUCUCGCGCCUCCCUUCUCUCUUCUCUGUCUCCGUGGCUCUCUUCUUCGCCGUUUCAGUCUCCGCCGUCUCCGCUGUCUCCUGCGCCUCGGCCUUGGGACGUGUGGGGUUCCGUUCCAGGCGAUGAGGUUCCGAGUCUUUCCUCCGCAGGUUCCCUCGCCUUCGACUUGCGGUCGGUUCUCUUGGGUGCCUUUCUCCAUCACCUCUCUCGGCCUGGCUGUGCGCUGUCUCUCGAGGAGCUGGCGACCGUCGCGCGCUUCUUCUCCAGAGAGAGACUCCCCGACCCUGCAGUCCCGUUCGCCUUUUUCGCGAGCUCGGGCGGGCGCAGGGCGCUGCUUGGCCGCGAAGACGGCCAACCGACCCGUGCCCCGGCAGACCAAGAAAAAACGGGAAAACGCGCGAAAGAACAGAGCCACACGCAGGAAACACAACCCGAGUCGGAACAGGAGAACCAUGAGAGUGCGGAGAACAACUCGAGCACAGAGACAGAAGAACGAAGAGCGAACGCAUUUGUGAGGUGGGCGGCAACGCCAGAGGGGAAGCCCCUUGUGGUUCGUACCGAGAUUUGCAUGCUUUUUGAAAUGCUGCUGAAGGCGGCGCAUGCGAGGGUGGCGAAGAGCCUCGAGAGGCAGUGCGAGGAAGAAGACGUGGAGAGAAGAAAGGCAACGCCCAAAAGCGAGGGAGGCCGAGACGAACACGAGACCUCAAACACGCGAACAAACGCCUGCUGUCCUUCCCCGUCUCCUUCUUCCUCAUCCUCUUCUUUUUCGUCUGCCUCUUCUUCCUCGUCUUCCUCAACUGGCUCGUCUCUGGUGGCGUCGGUUCCCUCCGGUGCUGUCCGCUGCGAGCGUCCCCCCGUACACGAGAAUCGCGUGCUGCCUCUUCUUGAAGCCUGCGGGAAGUUGCAGUUUGUUUGCCUCGAGCCUCUGUACCGUCCCCUGCUCUCUCUGGUUUCUCCGGCUCUCCUUCUCUCUCGCUCGCUGCUCAACCUUUCCAAGACGCUUCAUUUCUGCGCUCGCGUCGACCUGUCUCCUGUCUCGCAUCCUCACCUCGUUCUUCCUCUCCUUCGGCGUUGUGCGUCCCCGUCUUUCCUCGAUCUUCUCCGCGCAGAAAGAAACCCUGCGGCCUGCCAAGUCGCUCUCGGCCAGCUCACCCUCGCCACUGUCUUGCUUGACAACCGGAGCGGCGACACGAGCAAACAGGCGCGGCUUUUCGCCGAGGCCAAACAGCUCCAGGAGGACACGCUCUUCAACUGCCUGCAUGCAGUCGCCGUCUACACCCAGUGGGAGAAGUUGGAAAAGAAAGAGUCUCAUGAACGCCCGAGGGACAGCCCUUCCGCUUCGGGUUCUCCGCCUUCUUCCCCUUCGCCGUCUCUCCCUCCUGCUGCCUGCACUGUGGUGCCUCGGGACGCCCCAGACGCGCGCGUCUUCGUCAACCGAGAACGCGAGCGAGUUGAGACAGAAGACGGGGGGAGAAAUCCGAGAGGAGAGGCGCGGGAAGCUGGGCCCGGUGUCGCUCCAAGAGGGCAUUUGGGGGUGCCGAGUCCGUUUCUCUGCCGGCAGAUUGAGACUGUGGCCAUGGCAGUUUGCUUCGAAUUCCCUCUUCUUGUCGCGAGGCUGCAGCGGAGGCAUCGCCAGACUGCAGACGACCCUGAAGAGGAGGCGCGCCCUGAAGAGGAGGCGCGCCCUGGAGAGGAGGCGCGCCCUGAAGAGGAGGCGCGCCCUGGAGAGUCGACCGCCAUCGCGGGGCAGAAGCCGCAGAAAGGGUUCCGAGGCGAGAGAGGCGGAGAGAAAGGUGCAAUGCCUCGAGACGCGAAAGAAGAGACGCGCAAAGCACACGACGUUGGCGAACAGGACGCGUCUUCUUCCGCUUCUGUCUCCUUUUCAGGCGCGUCUCCCGCGGCCUGUCGCCUUCCUCGCCAGUCGCGCGGUGUUUCGACGCCCGCUGGCCUCCGCGGGCCGAAACAGCGUUCGGUUUUGGAGAUGCUCGAGUGCGUUGCAGUCCACGGGUCAAACGAAGACGGGGAAGACUCGUUGCUGGUCCAGAAAGAAAGCAGUUCGCAGCACAGCCAAGUGUCGUCUGCUCUGCGCGCUCUGGGCGUCGCGCAUCAAGUGGAACAUCCGGUGGGACCGUAUCUCGUUGACGUUGCGCUGACAGAAGAGCGCAUUUGCAUCGAGGUGGAUGGGCCCUUGCAUUUCACAGACGUGAUUCAUAGAGGGCGGAUCGGCAGCGAAGCGCAGCGGCGAGGACCCGAGGCGAACAGAGAGCAAGCAGCCGCGAGAGCCGGGAAGGCAGACAAACGAGGCCAUGCCGAAGGCAAGCAGAAGGGCCAGGUAGGGAACGCAAGCAAGAGAGAAGGAGGGGAGAGACACGAAGUGGGAGAGCGAGAGGCGCUCGAAACGGACGGAUGGAGUCGAGUGGGGAAGCUCCAGUACGACUGCAAAAGUCGACUCAAGCAUCGAAUCUUGACACACGCAGGAUGGCGCGUCCUGCACAUUGCGUGGUUCGACUGGCCCCACCGUCCGCACAACCAGCAGGCGGCCUUGAUUCAGCUGCUCCGAACGGGUUCGCCAGACACCCGCGAAGGAGCGAAGGAAUCCACGACCGGCGCGAACGAGGAGGUGCGAGAGAGUCGCAGCAGUGAGCGGUGGACUUUAGAACUGGAGGGGAAUCCAGAGGAAGAGACGGCAGUGGCGCGAGAGCGAGGAGACGUAGCAGCACGUGGCCACAAGUUAUCCGGAUCAGAGAAAAGCGAAAGUGAAGAAGGGAAGAGACAUGCAGACGUGGAGUUUCGCGUUUACAGACGGCAGUUUGCGGAGAUUCUUCAAACAGAACAGGACACAUUUCUCUCCGUAGAAGAGCGCUUAAAAUACGGAGCCAGUGACGUCGCCAGCAGCGCGCAGGGCGAGAACGACCCCGAUAUGCGUCUACCUACUCAAGUCCCCAUCUUCCCUGAAGAUCAGUUCUGA